AUGCAAUUAAAAACACAAUUCCAUAAUUUCUUGAAAAACCAUUCAGACAACAGCGUUCAUAACUGCAUAAAUAUCGACAAUGAGUUAAUACAAAAUAUACACAAAUUUUAUAAGCAAAAAUGUGAAAAGCACAGAGUGGCAUUUAGGCCACCAUCCUACCUGAACGAGGGCUGUAGCAAUAGUGUAGAACUUUCAGCUUUAAGUAAAACCUUUGACAUAAAUAAUAUUUGCGUUUCACUGAAAUUAAAAUUAAAAGUAAAAAAUAGAAAUGGAAAAGAAAAACAAAACGAUUGCCUAUAUUUUGAUAUUAAUCCAGGAGGAAUUAUGUCUAAAAAUCAAAAGAACUUUUUUUAUCAGUACAAAUAUACUAGUGAAAAAAAUGAUGAGUACUUUGAGAACUUACCAAGGGAACACAAAAUGAAAUACUUCACUUCGCUAUCUUACAAUUUGGCUGGAAACGUCAUUGAAUGCAGUCAGUCGAAGUACAAGUUAAUUAACAUUCUUCAAUCUGCAAUUUAUGGGAGUGUCUACUUAUCCGAAGUAAUUGAAGAUGUUGAUAAAAGUUUAGUAAAUACCCAGAAGGCUAUUAAAAUAUUAUCUAAACAUCUUAUAGAAAUGGCAAAGGAUAAAGUGCAAGAAGAUCCGCUGUCAGAGUACUAUUAUAGAGAUAAUAUGAGUGGUCAUAGUAAUAUAUUGAGUUGCGAUAAUAUUUUUGAUGAUAAUUUGUAUGUCUAUAUGGUUAUGCCUUUUGCUAUCCAUGGUGAUUUGUUUGAAGUUAUGAAGCAUAGAAAUAAAUCAUUUUCAGAAGAAGAAGCUAGAUAUUUGUUUUAUCAAAUUUUAUUAGCUAUUAAAUUUUUGCAUUCAAAAAAAAUGGCAUUAAGAGAUAUAUCCCUAGAAAAUAUACUCUUGUUUGAAAAUGAAAAGAAUGGUUUAAUAUACCCAGUGUUAAAUGAUCCUGGGCAAGCUAUAUAUUUUAAUAUAAAUAAAAAGCAUGAAGUUAUAUUAGAAGAGUAUACAAAGGUUUUUGGGAAAAUUUUCAGACCUCCAGAAAUAUAUGAAAAAUGUAAAUAUGACCCAACAAAAGUUGAUAUUUUUUGUACAGGAUAUAUUCUAUAUUUUUGUUUAACAAAACAUGAACUGUUCAGGUGUGCACUAAAUAAAGAUAUAUAUUGGAAUAUGUUGAAAAAUAAAAAAUAUAACGAAUUGUUAAAAGAUAAAAAAGGAUUACAUCUAUCCAAUCAAGCGCUUGAUUUAAUAUUUCAUUGCUUAGAACCAAAUUUUAAAAUAAGAUAUAACAUUAACGAAGCUUUGAAUCAUCCUUGGUUCAAGGGUACCUUCUUCCCUGUGCACAAUCUUAAUUUGUACUGUGAUGAUGCUCUGGGACCUCCACAGGUCGGCAUAUCUGGCAAAAGAAACAGGAGCAGUAACGGCAAUAGAAGUUAUAGCGGCAAUAAUGGUAAUAGCAAUAGUAUUAGUUGUCAUAAUGAUAAUAGAAGCAGUGCUCGCGAUAAUAAUGCUAAUAGAAGCAGUACUACUGUCAACUGUAGCGGUCACAGCGGCAUUAUCAAUACCACACACUCGUUCAAACUCUCUCUGGAAAUUGAACAAUACGCAAAAAAGAAUAACAUAAGGAUAGACGAAAACUCAACUAUGGAAUUUCAAAUAUAUGAACAUGUUUUUUUAUCUCCUAACUCGUACAAUAUACAAAUACAAAAUAAAUGCAGUAAAGCCUGCUGUUCUUUGUAUAAUAGUUAUAAGAAGAUAAAUUAUAUUCAACAACCUGAACAUGGUCAUAAUGUUGCAAAUGUUUUUUCCCCUUUUAAUCAAUAUAACAGUAGUGAUAAGAGUACUAAUAGUUAUCAUUCCCAAAAAGGUAAAAAUAAUAACAAUAACAUGACUAAUGUGGAGAAAGAUACAAUGAUGAUGCCAAUUAACAGAGGAAGCAUCCCUGAAUGUUGUUCUUACACUACCUGUAAUUCGAAUAAAAUGUACAAUGUCAGCAGCUCAGAGCACCUCAGUGGUACCACCAUGAACCGAAACACAAUCAGUUAUACCCAGAUCAAAGGCAGUGCCAAAAACUUCCAGCGAGCCGAUUAUAACAGCAAGCAGAUAAACUAUGUUAACCAACCCAACUGUGACAGCAUAUGUGUGGCAGGAACUAAUCAGUUUGACUACAAGAAGACGUUAAAAACCUGCAACGAACUUAGUGAAAGAUCAAAAAUAAAAAUUUUAAAUAAUCAUAAAAAAAAUAUCAACAAAUUAAUUGAACUAAAAAACAAAAAAAAAAAAAAAUUAUUUCCUGAAAUAAAAAAAGGUACAGAUUAUUUAGAAAAUAAAAGCGCUAACCAUGUAGCGUCUAAGCAGUUUUUCCUUAAAAAUGAAGAAAAUAAUGUAGUCAAAAAAAAAAAAUAUAUAUCAACUGCUCCGGUGGUAUCAAAUAAGGAAAUGCCUACCGUGAGCGUAGUUUCAGAAAUGGAAUUUAACAAAAUGGAAGAAUUCCCAAAAAGAGGAAGCCACGAGAGAAACUACGUUUCGUUGAUUGUAGAUCUUCAGGAAAAUGUGUUCACUUCGAGCAGAAAGGAUAGGGAAAAUGGAAAAAGUGUGAGCACUGCAGAUGAAUAUGGAAAAAUUAUGCAUAGUUCAUGUGAAAAUGGAAAAAUUAUGCAUAGUUCAUGUGAAAAUGGGAAAAUUAUGCACAAUUCAGGGGAAAAUGGAAAAAUUAUGCACAGUUCUAGUAGAAACAGCGGGGGAAGGAGCGCUGAGUUGUCGAAAAACACCAGCUUGAUUGAAAUAGAAAUGAAUAAUGAGAGUUGCGGAAAAUGUGCGCAGGUAGUCGAAAGUAAUGAGUCUCAAAAAUGUAAAGUGUUGGAAGAAAUUCCAGAAAAUACUUCCUUUUUAAAAAAAUUAAAAAAGAACGAAGAACCACCUGACGAAAAUAACAAGUUGUAUAUUCUUCCGUAUACUGAACUGGAAGUCGUAAGGGGUAAAAUAAAUGAUGACAAGUUUGUUGUUGAAAAAAUAAGAGAUGAAUUUUGUGUAGUAGGCAACAAAGUGCAAGUUAACAACGAUGCGGGCGCUGCUACUGCUGCUACUGCUACUGCUACUGCUGCUACUGCUACUGCUACUGCUACUGCUGCUACUGCUACUGCUGCUACUGCUACUGCUGCUACUGCUACUACUGCUACUACUGCUACUGCUACUGCUGCUACUGCUACUACUGCUACUGCUACUACUGCUACUGCUACUACUACCACUGCUGCUACUUCUACUGCUACUGCUACUACUACCACUGCUGCUACUUCUACUGCUACUGCUGCUACUGCUACUACUGCUACUUCUACUGCUGCUACUCCUUCUACCAAAAAGAGCAGCCACAAGAACGCCGCCAUUUUGGAAGAGGCCAAAAAGGGAAAUGCAAGAAAUGGGCCAGCGAACGUAUUUAAGAGCAGUUUUUUAAGUACUAGCAGUUCAAAUGUAAAUAAGGAAAAAGAAGGAAUAACAAUGAGGGUAAGAAAUCGAAAGAACACAAAUAAUGAUGAUACGAUGUAUGGGACUAAAGAAAUGUAUAUAAAAAGUAGCUCACAUGGAGAGGUUAGUGGAAAGGAUGGACAAAGUAUAAUUAUUUUAAGUGGAAUAAAUGGUGUAACUGGUGUAAAUGAUCGAAGUGAGCAAAACCAGUGCACAUCGCCCCUCAAUGUUUAUGAUUCCUGUGGUACUAACGAAAGUUAUGAUAGUUCAAAGAAUAGCUGUAUUUGUGCGGGACAAAUAAUCAAUAAAAAUUGUUAUGUAGAAAAGCAUUUUCUUCAAAAUAUUAGCAGAAAGUGCAGUGUUCUUGUGUGUAGUGAUAGAACAAGUGGCUUGAAGCAAAACGAUGAUGUUAUUAGUGAAAAGUUCCAACAUGCGUCUAAAAAAUACAAAAAUGAUUCUUUAUCGAAUGAAAAACAUCUUAGUGAUAGCUUCUCUACCUCUAUGGAGUCCAAUAUUGUAGGCGAAAAGAAGAAAGUAGAAACUAUAAAAUUAAAUAUGAACAAUUUAUGUAAAAGUUACCAUUCCCCUUCUUCAGAUAUAAAUUUUUCAAAAAAUUUUAUUUCAUCUAAAAAAGAGAUAAACGAUUCUAAAGAGAGCAUAAUUUUAAAAGAUAAGGAGUAUAAGCAAAUAGAUAAUAAUCUAUGUUAUGAAGUGAUAAAGGAUGAAAAUGAGAAUUACGGAAAAAGACAGAUGAUACAAGGUAGCAUUACGAAUGAGUCUAUAUCUUGUCUUCCAGUUGAAGACAAACAAGAAUGCGCACUAGAAAAUGUAAAUAGAGUUACAUCAUUAUUAACAACUGAAUGUUUGGACAUAUAUGCAUCAAAAGAGAAAAGGCAGUUAAUUUUGGAAGGUGACUACAUGGAACAAUAUGACGAAAAGGAUUCCGAGGAAUCAAACCUGGGUUCUUUUCGAAGCGAGUUAGAAGCCCUCAUCUUCAAAGAUGUAAUGGAUACGGAAGUAGAUGCAGAUGUAGAUGCAGAUGUAGAUGCAGUUGUAGACGCUGGAGUAGACGCAGAGUACGAAGAAGAUGAGUUUAAAGACGCCUUGCAGUAUGAGCUGGAAAACGCAUUGGAUAGAGAAAUUAAAGAAGAAGAGGAAAAUAUAGAAAAGGAGGAGCAGAUUGAUUUUAAUAUAGAUCCUUCUGAUUUGGAAAACAGAUUUAAGGGGGAGCCAGCACAUAUGCAAGUAGACCAGUCCCUACUUGAACGGAGCGAUAAAUGGGACAAUAAAAUAGAUAAUACGUUGGGGGAUAAAGCAGAAAAAGUCAUCCAUUCAUCCCAAGAGAAAUUAAUAAAAUUUUGUAUAGGAACAUUGGAUGAUCUAGAAGAAGGAGUGGCAGUAAACAAACUACUGCUUGAGGAGCUUAACGAAACGAACAAGUAUAAAAAAGGUGCAAUAAAGGAAAAAUUGAGGAGAGAAAGGGGAAAAAAGAUAAUAAUAAGGAGUAGAAAGAAGCUAAACGAAAUAAAAGAAAUUUUGAAGAAAAAAAAUGUAUCAUGCAAAUUGAAAAUAAAAAAGAGAAGAUCAAUGAAUAAAAUGAAAAAGGUAAAAUAUUGCUUUAAUUCAGAAAAGAAAAAAAGCAAAAUUGUAAAAUAUGGAACAUGUGUAUUUGAUAAGAAUAAAAAAAAAGUCCUUUUUUUUAACAACAAAUUGAACAAAGAGAAUAAAAGAAACUUGUUCAUAAUAAGAAACCCCACUCCAGUAGAAAACCAUUUGUAUAAUGCAAAACUGAACAUAUUUAUAGAUAAAAAGAGUAUACCUGACAAGCGAAAUGAAAAUGAAAAUAAGAGCAUAUCUACCAUUACUAAGUGCGCAAAUGGAAAAAGCGGUGCAAAAAAAAAUAAGCAUAGUAACAACAGUAGUAGCAAACGUAUCAACAGAAGUUACAAUUACAGUAAUGUCAAACAAACGUCCAUUUCAAAAAGACAUACUAUAUCAGGAGUACAACUAGAAGGUGAAAAUAAAAAAAAGAAUGACUUCAUUACUCCCAAAGUAGAGCAAAAAAACAGAAAAAUUAAAUUCUGUAAAGAACCUGGAAGAGCAGGGAAAAUAAUAAAAAAUGUGUUCUUACUCCCCAGUGUUAGAAGAACAAUAGGAGUGUUAUAUGAAACAAAAAAGAGGAAUCAUCAGUACAGUGAGAAAAACAUAAAACGGAGUGAUAAUUUGUACAACCACUGGUUAGAAAAGAAAGGAGGUAGUAAUUAUUCCUUGACAGCUGCUGAAUUGGAUAGAGUCGAUAGAAAGGCAGUAGGUGUUCUCCAAUCAGCUAGUUACAUUAAACAAUGUGCAAAAGGUAAGAUGAAAAAAGAUAAAAAUGAAAUGCAUGAAAAUUUUGUCGAAAAAUUUAGUAAAAAUAUAUUACUUGAAAGGGAUGUAAGUAAGAAAUAUGGGAAACAGACAAAAAAACAAAACAAAAAAAAAAAUCUAAACGAAUUGUAUGAAGAUAAUAAAUAUUCUAAUGUUCUUAUCAACGAUUCUAGAAAAGACACAAAAGGUUCAAAGUUUGAAAAAACAAAUUUUUUAAAAAAUGUAAUAAGAAAACAACCAUUUAGAGAAAGCUUAAUUAAUAAUCAGCGCAACAGACAAGAAAAAAAAAAGGUACUAACCUACAAUUUUGAUAUAAAAAAUGAAAAUAAAAAAUUAGACACUACCAAUGGCAAAAAUGUUUAUGUGAAUAAAGUAUAUACGGGUAACUACGUAGAUGUAGCAGUUCAUAAUAAUGAUAAAUGUAUUAUCAAUGGCAUAUGUGCAACUAGAGGAAGGCAUGUGAAUGCAUUGGGAAGAAGUAGCGUAAAGGGAUUUACUCAUAGAAUAACAGGUAUAGAGGAUGCUACCAACAAAUGGAAUAAGAAUGACGUAAAUAUUACCAAGUGGAAUAAUAUUUCGGGGAAGAAGAGUGAAUGCAAUAACGGCGUAGAGAAAAAUGAGAAAGGAAAAACCUCGAGCGGGGUUGAAAAAAGAAAAAUUAUGUUAACCUCAUACGUGAAGAAGUAUAACGCGAAUAAUGAUAGUGAAAACAAUGAUAAGGGGAAUAAUAGUAAUAAGAGAAAUAAUAACAAUGACAGCAGUAAAAAUUAUAAUAUUAAUUUUAGUUAUAGUAAACGUUUGCCCAAUGUGACCAAACGAAGAGAGAAGCCCUUAAUCUCUUCUACUCUUCUGUCUAAUAAUUCCAUGGGAAAUACACCCUCACGGAUGAAAGAAAACUAUUCUAUUCGAAAUAUUAUAACAGACACUACGAUGAAAAAUAAGAAAAAGAUUAUAACAACAAUGAAGAGAAAAAUGCAGGGAGAGAACGCAUCAAGUAAUGAAUUAACAUUAGAACAAUUUUUAAACAAUAUGAAUGGAGAUGUGAGAAAGAAGGAUGAGAAAAAUAGAAAGCGAGAAGAUGAAGAGGCAGCUACAUUUCCAAAAAAGGCUGCCAUAAAUGGGAAUACAAAGGUAGAAAUAAAUGGAAAAAUAAACAGUAGAAAGCUCAACAUGAGAGACGAAGGUCAUACUGUCUCUAUCUGCACUAACAAUGACGUAAAAAAUAAACUGCUGCAUGUUACUUUGUCCAAUAUAAAGAAAGAAGAAAAAUCAAUGGGAAAGAAUUACCCAAAAAUGGAAAAUUAUAUUUCACAUGGCAAAGGUAUAGUCAGUAGUAAAAUGGAAGGACAUAACAAUAAACGCCUUACAAGACUGUUAUUCAACCAUAAAAAGUAUUUCACGAAUAAAAUAGAAAAUAAUAAAAUAAAAAAAAAUUAUUUACUUGAAAAGGGAGAGGCUCCUAGGAAAAAAGAGGAUAAAAUGGAAAGGAACAAUUACAAUACAUCUUCCAGGGAAACAAAUAGUUUUUGUCAAACCAAAAGGGGAAAAAAAGCAAACCUUGCACACAGUGUAAACAGUGCAAACAAUGCAAGCAAUGCAAACAGUACGAAUAGUUUGAAUAGUACAAGAAGGACGUACAACAAGCGCAGUGGUGAGUUAGCCUACAAUAAAUAUUGCAGCUAUCUAGAAAAGAGAAAAACAUGCAUACUUUAUUUUAAAAGGGGGUUAAAAACGAAGUUGGACAAGAUGAAAAAAAAGAAGUUGACUAAUAAGGAUGAACAUAAUGAUGGUGGUAGCAGAGGCUGUAGCGAUGUCUGUAAUGAAGACUGUAAUAAGGACUGUGAUGAAGACUGUAGUGAUAAUCGUAUCGAUAACAGCAUCGAUAACAUCAUCGAUAACCAUAACGAUGUUGGUAAAACGAUAGAGGAUCAUUUAAGUGAGAAAAAGGCGAAUCCAAACGAUGAUCUUUCUUUUAUAGAAAAAAAUAAAAAUAAAAAUUGUGACAAUGAACAUGUUUGUUCGACGUAUGAAAAGAAAAGUUUGCUUUUAAAAAAUGUAACUCAGAUAGAAAGAGACGAAAUGAAUGAAUUGAACAGUAGUUCCUAUCAGGAAAUAAAUUUGCGAGGGCAAGAAAAAGAACUAGAUUUAUUAAAAAGGUUAAGCAGUUCGAACAAUGGCAUACAUGAGAGGGUUAUAACUCCUCCCAGUGAUGCUUAUAAUAAUAAAACAGAUGCAUAUAGGAUGGAUCAACAAAUUAGUGGCAUCGAAAACACGAGCAAAGAUAAAAACGAUUACACAACUGAGCCAAAUUCUUACCAUUGCAGUAAGGGCUGCAUGACUAGUUCAGAACAGCAGCAUUUGCCGGUGGGCAUCCACAGAGGUGCGAUAUACCCUCAAAAGGGAAGCAAUUGCGGUAUUAGCGGCAUUAGCGGAAUUAGCGGUAUUAGCGGUAUUAGCGGUAUUAACGGUAUUAGCGGUAUUAACGGUAUUAGCGGAAUUAACGGAAUUGACGGAAUUAAGGACAAUGGUAAUAAUAGCGGAGGUAGCAGUCAUGUGAAAUGUACACAUAUGGGGGUGGGCUCACCCACGGGUGCUACUCUCUCCCAUAUAACACAAAAAAGUAACGAUGAUCAGGGGAAAAACAUGUACAUGCCUUCCACUAGCAAACAUUUAAACAUAUAUCAGAAUGAACCUUUUCUAUAUAACAAGGCGUAUGAAGACUCUUAUUUUACGGCAAAGGCAUGGAAUCAGUCUGUUCGCCAUAGUUACAACAGUUAUAAUUUUGAAAAAUUUUCAAAAAGAACAAAUAAGAGUAAUGAUGAAAAAAAUGCGAGUAACUAUGUUCAUCAUAACGAAAUUGAAGGGAUAAAUGAUGAUAAAGUAAAAAACAUGAACUCAUUUUUAAAAGACAAACUAACCAUAGAUAACCAUUUUAGUUUAAAUAACGUAUACACACAUAGCACUAACAAAGUAUAUGAUGAUCAAGAGAAAAAAAUAUUAAAUGCAUCUAAUUUGUAUAUAGUGCCAAGGGAGAUUAACCAUAUUCGUAAAGAAGUAGAGAGUCUAAUGCGAGAGACCUGUGGUGAUAACAUAAGACCACAGUGUACUAGAAGAAGGCCGAAAAAGAGCCCCUCGGGAAAGGCCAUAAAGGAGCAUGCGGUGAGUAUUAGCAAUAAACGAAGUGGUAGCAAUCCAGGAGAGGCUGCUCACGAAAAAGAUGAUCAUCCCUUAGAAAUCGAAGCUAGAUUAAAAGUAGACAAUCCCGUACAAAACACAAAUCCCCAAAUGUUCGCUUCAUACAUAAGGAGUAGCAAAGAAAAUAUGGAAAUCUGUCAUAAUAACAAUGAUGAAUGCAAUAAUUUAGUUGAAAAUGAUAAAAAAGACAUGUACUGUACAGAAGAAAGAAUGCAUGAUAAAUUUACUAAAAAUGAAAAAAUAAAAACUAAUGAUAAGAGGAAAGAUUACUCUUUCGCAAACGAUAAAGAGCAACACGGUAUUAUUUCCACUGAACAGGCACCUCCUCAGGAAGCACCCCCUCGAGAAGCACCUCCACUUAACAAUCUGUUGCAUUCUUACAUGAACGAGCAGGCGAUAAAUGUAGAGCUAUUCCAAAACCAAAGGAGAAAAUCAAAAUUUCCUCUACACUUAUCAGCUGAUUUGAUGAAAGCCGAUACUUGUAAGAUAACAAAUAAAGCAAAUAAAAUAUAUAACGAAUGCGAUCAUAGGAGACUUACAAAAUAUGCAAAACAUAUAAAACAGCCAUAUAACAUAAAUACAUUAAAUAAAAAGGGUAAUGUUUUUUUAAACAAUGUUCCAUAUUUAUAUAAUGGUAAGCAAGUGUCUGUUAACUUGCGCAACUCUCAUUAUGCUAAGAGGGAAGAAAGAGGAAAUCAGUGCUUGGUCAAUCUGGUAGGGGGGAAAAGAUACCCCAAGGUAUGUACAACGACUAAGAAGAGAGAAGAAAGGUAUGUAGGUGAUCAUCUUAAUGUAGCACAUGACCAUGUUAGUGAAGCACAUGACCGUGUUAGUGAAGCACAUGACCGUGUUAAUGUAGCACAUAACCGUGUUAAUGUAGCACAUGACCGUGUUAAUGUAGCACAUGACCGUGUUAAUACAAAUGUACAGCCACCAUCUCCUUCUGCGCAGUCUAGCAAAAUUGUUACUCCACCCCAGAAGAGAAAAAUAAAUGUGCACCGAAAUGUGAAGGGGGAAAACAUAAGCAUUAUAGGGAGCAUAGGCAGUGUGGGAGGCAUAGACAACGUAAGCAACACAAUUGCCACUAAAUGCAUUAAAGAUAAAGGGUGUGCAAUAAUUAACACAGGAAGAAAUGCGAAUGAAACAAAAAAUAUGAACAGUAGUAAAAAGAACCUGUCCUGGUCAGAAAAACUUUUCCAACAUGAGAGAAAAAAAGAGGAAGAGGGAAUUUCAAAAACAGGAUUAACUUUUAAUGCGUUAGAAAGUAACAAUGAGUUAAGAAAAAACAAAUGCAUGAAGUACAUAACUCGGAGAGGGGCAAUAAGGGGCGGCAUCAUCAGUGGAGCUAACCUCAACAAUGGAGGAAAUAUCAAUGGUGGAGGCAAUUUUAACAAUGGAGGUACCAAUUACUGCACUACUCAUAAAAGUUGUACAGGUGGGAGAAACUCACAUGGUACGGUACAAAAAUUAGCUAUACUACAUAAAGACAACUAUAAAAGUAAAUGUAACACAGUUAUGAUAGGAAAGAAUAAAUCAUACUUAUGCACAAAGUGGAAUGUUAAAGAAAACAAAAUAUCUACAAAUAUUUCACAACUUCAUUUUUGCGAAAAUAGGAAUGUACAUAAUAUGGUACAAUGGGAACAUGCUCCCGAAAAAACCUACUCAACUAAAAAUAAUAAACUCACCAACUUAUUACAUAAUAACAUUUUUCCAUAUAAAAUUACUAGUAUAUUAUUUAAUAAGAAAAUAUAA